CGGGACAUUUGAUGCGAAUUAAAUCAGGUGAACUUGGAGGAGUUGUGAACGAAGUGUAAAAUCAGUAUUGCCUUUAUUAUUACAAUAUAGAAUAAAUCUGUCAUAGGAGGUAUCAGUAACAACAACGAAAUACAUACCGAUAUAAAUUUUGACAUAACUUUAAUAUGGAGGAAUCGAUUUUUGAUAUAUUUGGAACAAAAGUUCAACAACGGCAAUUAACCGUCCGACCAUCAUCUGCGAACUCUUUCGGGACUCUGAAAGGAGCAGACAAUGUGAAACUCAAAUCUUCUAGUGUGAGUGAUCUUCCUUCUAGCAAGAAGGCACUUGGUGAUGCUGGGAAUAAGAUCAAAUCAUUGCCAGGCACACAGGAGUUAAGGAAGGCAUUGCAGACAAAUUGUGAUCAAGAAAAUUCUUUUGUAAAGCCACCGACUAAAACUCCGUUGCCAAAUAAGAAACCAGUAGCACUGAAUAAACAGACACCAAAUUUAAAGUCAACUGUAAGGACGCCACUGUCAGACAUAAAAGGAACAGCAUCAAAAAAGAAUCAGUCAGUGCAGAAUCAACAAAAUUCACCCAUCAAGAACGAAGAAACAUAUUCCCUCUUUUCUGAAAUAAAUGCAAUUGAUAAUUUUAUUAAUGGUGACACUGAUGAUUUGUCCUGGUUGGAGCUUGAUGGUUUAAGUGAUUAUGAACAUAUAGAUGACUAUGAGGACAUUAUACCCAACAGUCUUCGUCCAAGUGACGAAGACAUACACCGAAUGGUUAAUUUCUGGGAAAUGGAAACAGAGCCACCUAAUAUGGAAUUUGAAUCUGGCCUGCUGCUUCCACUUGUUGAAGAAUUAGAUAAUGGCUUUGGGCACACAUUCAUUCCUGAUAUUUCUGAUAUUGAAUUUGAUGAAGACCUAGAUCUGGUGCCAGUUCCCUCAUUGGAUUGACGUUGCCAAGAAGUGGUGUAAAGCAGAAUGUUCAUGUACCUGAACUUACUGAAAUGUGUUUGGAAUUGAUCUUUCAAAUUCUGAGAAGGAAUUUAAAAAAAUCUUACAUGCAAUAAAUGUUCUUUUUAAUGUCUGAGUUACCGUUGUGUGUAUUUAUGUGUUGUGUUAGAUGUUUGGAACGGUGGCGAAUAUUCUGCUUUGGCUAAUAGUGCCAUGUUGUGAGGCUGCAUUUCUUCAUGACCUGCUUCUAAGUCAGGAUUCACCACUGAUUUGGUAUAUAUAAUUCUGACAUAUGUCUUUAUUUAGCAAAAUCUGUUUUAGUACAUUAAUUCACAGGUACAUUUUAUUGAAGUUUAAUAGAGAAGUGUGCAGGAUUUAGGGUUCUCAUUGCAGUGACUGAAGAGCAUGGUGUUUUGGGUUGUAAUACCAUGUAGUUUGAGGAGGGCUCAGUGUUUCCAGGUAUCUUUGAACUAUAUAGCAUUACAACCCAGAAGAUCAUAUUCGCCCUAACACAGUAGUUUAGUUCAUAACAGUAGAACUUUUAUGAACUUGGCUUGUAUAAACAAAAAAUGUAUGCAGUUUUUAAGAUUUAAAUGUUUAUGGUAUUAAAUAUUUUUUGAGCAUUGUUCAGCUCUGUGUUCAAGAAUAUUUAUUGUUUGCCAAAGUGUUAAAAUAUGUAAAUAAAAU